ACACUUUGUUCCUUCUUUUUAAUAAUUUGUAAAACAACGUCAAUUCAUUUCUAUUAUUUAGGAUAUGAAGAAAGUUUUACGAUCUUCGUUCACCAUUCCAACUAUCUUCAUCAUUUGUCUAUUAGUAUUUGGCGCGAUGGUGAAUGGACAAUGUACACUGUCUCUACCAGUAGGACCGAAUGGGAUAUGUGUUCCCAAAGAUUGUAAGUCUCUGUGUCACCAGAAGUAUAAAGGAGGUGGUAGGUGUACUCCAGAGAAAAAAGAUGAGUGCUUGUGCUUUAUUUGCAAGAGGCCAUGACCAGAGCCGUGCUCAGGGUUAUGGAGACCAGAGGCGGUGUUAAAAAAAAAAUCAACUCAUAUAAAAUAAAACAUAGAUAAUUUUUAAUAUAAUGGAAUUGCUCUCUUUUUUACAUAUCAAAUGAGCAAACAUGUGGAAAUUUGUCUAAAAUUACAUCCCCUUCAAUCGGAACUAAAAGAGGUGGAUGGCUUAAAUUAGACUUUUGGAAAGUGAGAUCAUUUAACUUCAACUAUUUAUAUAUAUAAAGCACACUUUGUUCCAUUUUUUAAAAUUUGUAAAACACUAUCAAUUCAUUUCCAUCAUUUAAGAUAUGAGGAAUUCUUUUCAA